GAUGAUGAGCAGCUGAGGCAGUGGCUGAAGGCGACGCGUUAAACUUAAAAAGCUCACUCAAGCGCCUUUAUGUUUGUUUCUUACCAAUUUUAACGGACGGGAAGCCGACUGAGGAACACCCUUAUCCCAAGUAAUGGUUCGACUACAAUGUUCCGGUAACUUUAAACCACACCGGGUGUUGAAAAGGUGGCCAGUUUCAGAUGCAUUGAUGUUUAGUGAUGCAGUGGACAACUGUGAGGAUGAUACAAUCAACAUGUUCCUAAACUGUGAUGCAGAAACACAAUGGGAGGAUCCAUCCGUCUCUGACCACAACUACACUUUAAAAUCACAACUCAACCUGAAGCAACCUACAUCUGAUAUGGGAAAACAAUGGUGCAGUUUCUCGGACAGGGCUUAUCCUGGUCCCAGGCUAAAAUGCUUAUUUGAGCUACAAUAAUUUAAAAACACCUUGUACUGACAUACCUCAACAUAUAUAAGUGCCAUUGUUUUGUCACAAGAUGCGCACCAGUCUUGUUUUUUUGUAGGGUUUGUUUGUCCUAAAAAUGUCCUAAUAUAAUUAAGGCCUAGUCCUGUAAACCCUGUCCGAGAAACUGCUUCAAUGCUUCUGCUUCAUGUGUUGAGCUGGCACAAAUGUACAUAUCUAUGCUGAGAAACAACCAUCUUUGUCAGCUUUACACAGGGUUGAUAUUGCAUCCAUUACACAGUCGCCAAGCACUUUACCAGUACAUACACCAACAGCUUCCAGAUAUACGCUUGGGAUCAGCUCCUGAUGACUCUGAUAAAGCUGUGUCUUAAUUUAUUGCAGGGUGGUCUUGCUGAAAAGUUAGCUGUUUCUUAGUCCAUAGUUAUUUUUAUAAACCUUUACAAUGUGACCUGAUUUUACAUGUUGUAAAGUUACAUUAAACCUUCAUAUGUGAUCAGAUGUCAUGCAGUGAUAUUAAACCUUUACAAUGUGAUAUGAUGUUGUCAGGGUCCGAAAUUUUUUUUUUUUGGCUCACCUGCCACGGGGACUGGUAGAUGAAAAAAUCCACCAGCCAAGCAUAUUUUUUACCUGCCAGAAUAAUAAACAGCCUUUUUUUGUCACAUGUACAUUAAUUUCAUUUGCUGUAUUCAUGGCAGGGCUCGCAAAAUUUCAAAAUCCCUGGUAGCCUUUCGAGCAGGCACUCUAGCCCGAAAUGAAUGCAAGUAGCCCGAAUAAAAAAUACAUUACUUUUAAUGUAGAAUAUUAAGACAAAACAUCUAUCAAAACACAAAUAACACAUAUCAAUUUUCAGUACAUAUCAAUCAUCAGUACAAAUUUUCUUCUAACCGAAGUGAAAUAUCUAUACCCAUACAAAAAUGUAAUAUAUGGCCAUAUAUGUACAUAUAUUUUACAUAGUAUGACAUAUAUUUAUACAUAUAUUUGACUUAUCUGAGAACACAAUAUAUGCCUGCAACAUAUAUGUACAUUUAUAUGUCCAAACAUGUGAAAAAAAUAUUUGGUUUCAUCAAUAUAUGAUGCCAUGUAUCUGCAUAUAUUACACUAUAGUAUUGGUUUUUUGCAUAUAUGGACAACAUUAGUUAUAAAUAUGUGACAUGCAUAUUUGUUUUCAACAUAUCUAUACAUAUAUUUGACUUAUCUGAGAACACAAUAUAUGCCUACAACAUAUAUGAACAUUUAUAUGUCCAAACAUGUGAAAAAAAUAUUUGGUGUCAUCAAUAUAUGAUACCAUAUAUCUGCAUAUAUUACAGUAUAGUAUUGGUUUCUCGCAUAUAUGGACAACAUUAAUUAUAAAUAUGUGACAUAAAUAUUUGUUUUCCACAUAUUUAAUAAAUGUAUGUAAAUGUAAUGGUUUUGUUCUGUGUUUGCUUGUUUUCUGUGUAGGUUUGUAUUUUGGACUUUUAUUUUGAUUCUCUGCUCUGUUUGGACUUUUAUUUUGAAACUCAUCAUGCCAUGUCACGCUUCACACUUCCUGUUUGUUUCUGUAUAUAAGUCACUUCCUGUACACCUGUUCCCCGCUGUAUAUUACAUUCGUAUGCCCAGCCUGUUACCUGUUUUUGUGAUCUGUUACCUGUUUAUCUGUUUCUGCUACUCUGUAUCUGCCUGUUUUUGACUCACGCCUGUUUUAUUGGAUUUAUUGCCUGUUUGCCGCCUGUCUUGAUCUUUCGCCUGUUUGUUUGGAUUUAUGAUUGUGACUCUGCCUGCCUUGACCUCUCGCCUGUUAUUUGGAUUACGUGUAUUGGAUUUACCCUGUUUGGAUUUGGUUGCUGGCCCUUUAUUGGGAUUUUACAAAUAAACACCUUUUGCACAUGGAUUCACUUUUCACUCGCUUCAUUUAAAGCAUACGUUACAGAAUAUACAGCCGGACCGGAAUCCAGCAGAGGUUUGAAAAUUCCCACCAGCACCAUGACUCCAGCAGAUCAACUUGUUUGUCUCCGCCAGAACCACCGCCCCAUUGAGAACUAUGUAGAGGAUUUCUGUGAACUAUCAUAUCAGGUAAACUUCAAAGAUUCUUUUCUGAAAGACAUUUUUUAUUGUGGACUCGAUCGAGACAUUGCCCGUUCCAUGCCACUCCAUACACCACACUGGACCAUUGAGAUGUAUAUCGAUCACGCUCUUUUGUUGUGUGGUUCACCAUUCACUGUGGGUGUUGGGGAUGCACCUCCAGUGAAUACACACAACACGCCAAGCCCUGUUAUGCCUUUUUUGUCUAUGUCUGUUCCUAAAAUGGCCGCCACCAUGCCUGUUACUAAAAUGGCCGCCACCAUGCCUGUUGACAAAAUGGCCGCCAUCCUGCCUAAUCCCAAAAUGGCCGCCAUCCUGCCAAUUUCUGCACCUGUUUUUGAGAGAGCUACUGUCAUCCCAGCACCUGUGAUUGAGAGGGCCAUCGCCACCACCACACCUGCACCUGUCUAUGUGAGAGCAACCACAAUUUCUGCACCUGUUUUUGAGAGGGCUACUGUCAUCCCAGCACCUGUGAUUGAGAGGGCCAUCGUCACCACCACACCUGCACUGAUGAGGGCUAUUGUUCACCCUGAACCUAUCAUCAAGAUGGCCGCCCUGCCUGAAACAACCGCCACAGAGGUAUGCCUCAUUGACUGUGACAUUCUUGAAUUUGCCAUGGCCCUGUGGUGCGUUUGGUCUGCCUUCUGUUUGUUUGUUCCCGAGGUUCCUCAAGACCCUGAUUCUGAGCUGCCCGACUCCUCUGAGCUGCCCGACUCCUCUGAGCUGCCCGACUCCUCUGAGCUGCCCGACUCCUCUGAGCUGCCCGACUCCUCUGAGCUGCCCGACUCCUCUGACCUGCCCCAUGACCCGGGUCCAAGCCUGCCCCAUGACCCGGGUCCAAGCCUGCCCCAUGACCCAGGCCCGCAUCUGCCUUAUGUUCCGGGACCAUGCUGGCCCCACGACCCUGGACCAUCCUGGCCUCAUGACCCAGGACCUCUCAUGAACUGCCCUGCCAUUGCCAAGAGGCCCGCAUCUGCCUUAUGUUCCGGGACCAUGCUGGCCCCACGACCCUGGACCAUCCUGGCCUCAUGA